CUUUAAAAAACGCUUCCUUCGAUCUUCUGCGAAAAAACAAAACCAAAACCAAACUCUCUCUCUCUCUCUCUCUCUCAGAUAAAUCAAAUCCCGACUCAAAAGAAAGAAUCGCCGAUCCUUUCGUCUCUCCAUACCCUCAAUCCCUCGACCUUCCCCAUCUCUCUUCCCUCAACCGAUAUGGUACAGAUUGGCUCUCCAAACCCAUGGAAAAAGAUUCUUUGUUUCUUCUCCUGGUUGUUUUCUCAGAAGAGAACGUAGCUUGAAAAAUCUCCGUCGCUUUCUGCAUGCUUGAGAGGAAUGCAGUAUGGAUUUGGGGGUUUCCGGUUGUUGGAAGCGUAGAAGAGAGUUUCAGUUUUUGGGGAAUUAUCCAUCCGGCUGAGUUGUUCCGAGCAAUCGAACAGUUCGGAUCGCAUGUUUUAUUUAAAACAUGUCCCUAAGGAAGUGCAUUCCAUCAGCUGAUGCAUCCUCUCUUGGUAUGGCGUCUUCAAAGUUCCCUGGAAAGGUGCAUGAUAAGUCUCAAUUUGCGGAGCUGGAGUCAACCGCAGGUCGUCCUUUGGAAGCCGAUGUGGAUAUCGACCUUCGAGAGGUUUACUUUCUGAUCAUGCAUUUCCUAUCAGCUGGGCCAUGUCGGAGGACUUAUGGGCAAUUUUGGAAUGAGCUUUUGGAACAUCAACUUCUACCUAGGAGAUAUCAUGCUUGGUAUUCAAGGAGUGGGCUACAUAGUGGUGAUGAAAAUGAUAAUGGCUUGUCCUUCCCCUUAAGCUACAAUAAUUUGGUGGAAAGGUACCCACACAUUGAAAAUGAUCACUUGGUAAGGCUUCUGAAGCAAUUGAUCCUGAGCAGUGCCCCUCCAUUGCAUGGCAUGGUUGGAGGAAGCAUUCCAAGUGCAGCUGAUGUUCCUACGCUCCUGGGAUCUGGUUCUUUUUCACUUCUGGAACCUGAUAGAAAUAGAGAAGACAAGAAAGCCGCUCAAGUGCCUGGGUACUUGCGUUGGCCUCACAUGCAGGCUGAUCAGGUCCGAGGGUUAAGUUUGAGGGAGAUUGGAGGUGGUUUUACUAAACAUCAUCGUGCUCCCUCUAUUCGUGCAGCAUGUUAUGCCAUUGCUAAACCAUCAACCAUGGUGCAAAAGAUGCAGAUAAUAAAGAAACUAAGGGGGCAUCAGAAUGCUGUCUAUUGUGCCAUAUUUGAUCGCUCAGGGCGAUAUGUGAUUACUGGUUCGGAUGAUCGCCUUGUAAAGAUUUGGUCAAUGGAAACUGCAUUUUGCUUGUCCAGCUGCCGUGGACACGAAGGCGACAUUACUGACCUGGCUGUGAGUUCAAAUAAUGCUUUGGUGGCAUCUGCUUCAAAUGAUUGCAUCAUUCGAGUUUGGCGUUUGCCUGAUGGGCUGCCAAUUUCAGUCUUGAGGGGACACACUGGAGCUGUUACUGCCAUUGCAUUUAGUCCAAGGCCAAGCGCCGUGUACCAGCUUUUAUCGUCAUCUGAUGAUGGAACAUGUCGGGUCUGGGAUGCUCGGUACUCCCAUUUCAGUCCACGAAUUUACAUCCCAAAGCCUUCAGAUGCUGUUGCUGGAAGAAGCAACGAUCCCUCUCCAAGUACUGGACAACAGGCACAUCAAAUAUUAUGCUGUGCAUACAAUGCUAAUGGAACCGUUUUUGCUACUGGUAGCUCGGACACUUACGCAAGGGUGUGGAAUGCUGUUAAGUGCAACCCAGAGGACUCCGAGCAACCAAAUCAUGAGAUGGAUGUGUUGUCUGGUCAUGAAAAUGAUGUCAAUUAUGUACAAUUCAGUGGCUGUGCAGUGGCAUCUAGAUCCUCUUCAACUGACACUUCAAAGGAAGAUAAUUUUCCAAAGUUCAAAAAUUCCUGGUUCACCCAUGACAACAUAGUCACCUGUUCUCGGGAUGGCAGCGCCAUCAUUUGGAUUCCAAGAUCACGUAGAUCUCAUGGAAAGGUUGGGCGUUGGACACGAGCAUAUCAUCUCAAAGUUCCACCUCCUCCAAUGCCUCCUCAACCUCCUCGUGGAGGCCCACGCCAAAGAUUCCUUCCAACUCCUCGUGGUGUUAAUAUGAUUGUGUGGAGCUUGGAUAACCGCUUUGUGCUUGCCACUAUCAUGGAUUGCAGAAUAUGUGUUUGGAAUGCUGUUGAUGGCAGCUUAGUCCAUUCAUUGACUGGUCAUACUGAAUCUACAUAUGUUUUGGAUGUUCAUCCUUUCAAUCCACGAAUAGCCAUGAGUGCUGGGUAUGACGGAAAAACCAUAGUGUGGGAUAUAUGGGAGGGCACCCCAAUUCGCAUAUACGAAACUGGACGCUUUAAAUUGGUUGAUGGGAAGUUCUCUCCGGAUGGGACAUCAAUUGUUCUUUCUGAUGAAGUUGGCCAAAUAUACGUAUUAGCUUCAGGACAAGGGGAGUCCCAAAAGGAUGCCAAAUAUGAUCAGUUCUUCCUUGGUGAUUAUCGCCCCCUUAUCCAAGAUACCCAUGGAAAUGUUUUGGAUCAGGAGACUCAGCUUGCUCCACAUAGAAGGAACAUUCAAGAUCUCCUCUGUGAUUCAAGCAUGCUGCCAUACCCUGAGCCUUAUCAGAACAUGUACCAACAACGGCGAUUGGGUGCUCUAGGUAUUGAGUGGCGUCCUCCUUCUGUAAAACUUGCUGUUGGGCCCCAAGAUUAUCAAUUGCUGCCAUUUGUGGACUUGGACCGAUGGAUUGAACCGUUACCAGAGUUUGUAGAUGCCAUGGACUGGGAACAAGAAAAUGAAGUUCAAAGUGAUGAUAAUGACUCUGAGUAUAAUGCUACUGAGGAGGAUUCUAGUGAAGGAGAACAGGAAUGCUUGAGUGGCAGUUCUGGCGAUCCGGAAUGCAGUGCAGAAGACAGUGAGGCCGACCAUAGUAAUACAGAAGGCCUUCGCAGAUCUAAAAGAAGAAAACACAAGGCUGACGUCGAGUUCACAACUUCUUCUGGUAGGCGUGUUAAGAGGAGAAACUUGGAUGAGCAUGAUGGCACACUAUCAAAGAGUACCAGAACAAAGAAAUCAAGAAAUGGUAGGGUGGCUUCGAGGAGAAGAAAAUCUUCUACAUCGAAGUCAUCGCGACCUCAGAGACUUGCUGCGCGCAAUGCUCUUAAUUUGUUUUCUCGAAUCAAUGGUGCAUCUACUGAUGGAGAAGAAGACGAAGAUGGCUCGGAAAGUGAUUCAUCAGAGAGUGAAUCAAUGCAACCUGAUUCAAACAACCAGAGCGAUGAAUCUGAUAUGUCAACCCAGAAGGUGCAGCGAAAACACCCAAGGGAGAAAGAAGUUUCCUUACAUGAGCGUGAAACUGCGGCCAACCCUUCUGAACUCCCUGAACCUCAUGGCAAGGCUGGAAACAGGAGGAGAUUGGUUUUGAAAUUUGCAGUUCGUGAUUCAAAGAAACAUGCUCCAGAAAGCCCAACAUCCGAAUGCCAAGAGCAGGGCGAUGAAUCUCCUUCAGAGACUGCUGACCUGAAUCGAGCUUGUUCAAGCUCUCAAGAGCAAAACAUGGUUGAGGCUGUGUUGUCUGCAAGUUGCACGAAUAGCAAAAUUAGAUGGGGGGAAGUAAAGGCGCGGACAUCAAAGCGUCUGCGAGUAGGAGAGGCUCCAGCAACAGAUACAUGGGCUUCGAUCAAUGUCAAUCUCGUUGACGGUCACAAUGCAACUGAAGAUAACAUCAAUGGACAUCGGAAAUCAGAAGAUGAGCAUGGAAAUUCACCCCCUCCUGAAAGCCAUACUCACGGAGAUGAGCUAGACAGAAAGGAUCAGAGGAAUGAGCAACAGUUUAGAGCUAGGACAUCAAGUGGGUUGGACAAUGUGAAAGAUGAAGAACUUGCUCCUGAAUAUGCACAUUUGUCUUUACUAACCGAAGAGUGCUCCCAAAAUGGGAAUCGUCCAAAAAGAGGGGCAUCCCCCAUCAUUUGCAAUGGCAACGAAUCUGAAACAAAAUGGCAUGUAGACAAGGGAUACACAGAUCAUACUGGUACCCAUGAAUGCAGGGGUUAUGGUGAACCCAUAGGAAGAACUGGUGUGGUAACCGAUAAUAAGAAGAAAUCUGUUGUUUGCUGUGAGAAUGGUACUGACCACAGUCAAGAAGUUGAAGAAAGCACUCUGCCCAUCGCUAGAAAGUUAAGGAUUAGACCGAAAGGAAUCAUGAAGGGAUCCCAAAGUCCAUCUUUCAAGAUUGGAUGUGAUCCAGAAGAGGAUGAGGGUACCAGUGGGCCCAGUACGGAUCAUGAAGAUUGGAAUAAUGAGUCAGAUAAGUCAGAGUCUCAGGUUGAUAAAUCUGUUGCACAAGUUUCGAAGAGGCUGCCUUCAUGUUCAAACAAUAAGAUGUAUGAUACUGUUUAUAAAAGAUCAAAGUCAGGCAGGGCUAGAACGUAUUUGGAAGGUGAUGUAUGUGGCAUGGAAGCAAGCACUUCAAAUGGCAACAACCAUAACGCAGAUCUGAGAACAAACUUUCUGGAAAUAAUGACCAACGGUGUCCGCAAAACAAGAUCCAUGGGCACAAAGUCAACAGUGUGUGAGAAAAAUCCUGCAAUUGGUAAUGUCAGGCUGAGGGAAGGUUAUGGUUCUGCGGAGACGUCAAAACGUGCGGAGAAGUUCACCUUAAACGGACAUGAGCAACUAAUGUGUGAAGAAUGGAAGUCGAGUUCGAGAGUAACUGUUGGAUUAAGGUCUGCCAGAAACAGGAGAGAAAAUUAUCAUGAUACUGAAUUGAGUCCUCUGGAUAGGAGAAGGACACACCAUUCGUUAAGGAAACCAUCAUGGUUGAUGUUAACAGAACAUGAGGAGAGCUAUCGCUAUAUCCCACAGCUAGGUGAUGAAGUUGCAUACAUAAGACAGGGCCAUCAAGAGUAUAUAGAAUGGAGACAUUCACAUGAAAUAGGUCCUUGGAGGUCAACUAAAGGAGACCUAAGAGUUGUAGAAUUCUGCAAAGUUGAAGGACUUGACUAUUCAACGCUUCCGGGAUCUGGGGAGAGCUGCUGUAAACUCACCCUUGAGUUUAUAGAUCCCUCUUCCAACAUUUUUGGUAAGACCUUCAAAUUGACGCUGCCUGAGCUGAUAGAUUUUUCAGACUUCCUCGUUGAAAGAACAAGAUACGAUGCUGCCAUCAAGAGAAAUUGGACGCAUAGAGAUAAAUGUCAGGUCUGGUGGAGGAAUGCCAACGAGGAAGGGGGGAGUUGGUGGGACGGUCGGAUACUGGCGGUAAAGCCUAAAUCUCCCGAGUUCCUCGACAGCCCAUGGGAAAGAUGUGUUAUUCAGUAUAGAAGCGAUAGCUCGGAGCACCAUCGUCAUAGUCCGUGGGAACUGCAUGAUCCGGAUAGUCGAUGGGAGCACCCCCAUAUUGAUGAAAAUAGCAGACAGAAGCUGCUCUCUCUUUUCAACAAGAUAGAGCAGAAUAGGAAUCAGGCCUACUAUGGGAUUCAAAAAUUGAAGCACGCCGGCCACAAGUCUGAUUUUCUAAACAGGUUUCCUGUUCCACUCUCUCUUGAAGUCAUCAAACGGAGAUUAGAGAACAACUACUACCGUAGCUUGGAGUCCUUCAAGCACGACGUCAUGGUGAUGCUAUCGAACGUGCAAUCCUACUUUGGGAAGAAUGCUGAGCUCGGCAUAAAGAUUCGGCGUUUGUCGGAUUGGGUCACUCGGACUCUAUCUUCACUGUAGAAGACGACCCCCAACCCCCCAUGAAAGGAAAAAGAAAAAAGAAAAAAAAAAAAAAAAACAGUUUUGUAGAAGAAUCAGUCUCUCUCUGACAAGGUUUGAGCCUGCUGGGGUAUAUUGUAGAUAUCCCUUUAUUUUCUUACAUUAUACCAUAUACCUCCUCUUGCCCGAUUUUUGGAAAUUGGUUUUGUUUCCUUUGGGAGAUUGUUUUUGCAGGCCCUCUCAAAGGAGGGGAUUUCAGGAGCUGGUUGUGGAAAAAUCACCCUGCCAGAAUUCAUUCAUGUAUAGAACCCAUUUCCAUCAAUAAGAAAAAGAAAAAGAAAAUCAAAUUUCAUUUCA